AUGUCGAGUCAGUAUCGCGUCAGUCCUCCAGCGGAAUUGGUCAGUGAUCUGUGUCAGAGCAGGUGGAGUUACCAGUGGGGAAAACAAAAAUUAGUUUGCAAGCGGACGUGCCUCACGGCGACCGUCGUUCACCACGUUCUGGAUCGGAGGCAGUGGGAGCAGGAGGCGAUAGGAAAUCGAAAGGAUCGGCCACGAAAGGAGGAGAGCGCUAAUAUUGUCGAGUCGAGGCGACACAGGGAGGAGAGGCAACAAAUUCGAACCGACGAAGGAUUAAAGAAGGCAAAGAGCGGUCCGGAUGGGGCGUCGAGGAUCUCCUAGAUGUCUUCGAUUAAUCAAAAAACUCGUAGCUCAAGCAAGGACAGAGGGACGGAUCUAGGAUCCGUCGAAGAUCCCACCAUUUGUCCUCCUUUUUUUUUUCUUCUUCUUUUUAAUC